AUGUUCACGGGCAACCACCCGCAAGCCUCGGGCCAUCGCUUGCUCAAGAACCUCAUCAAGCCGGUGGAGCCCAACUUGUCCGUCUCCCCACACGGGAGGGGCGGAUACUACAUUGUGUGCCUCGCUUCUCGGGGGAACACCUUCGCGCCGACGGUGACGGGACUGCUGCUGGACGAGGACAGGUUUCUCGAGACGACCUAG